UGGUCUAGCAUUACUCUGCAUCAGAUUAUGGAAUUGUAUAAUCUUAAUAGUAAACAUGUACUAAGGGUUUCUUACAUAACUCUGUUCCCUUGUGUUUUCUUGUAUCCUUUUUGCGGGAUGGGGAAGAAAUUAACCUAAACACAAGGAUUAUGGUUAUAGUAAUUGAAAUCCAGUAUUUGGGGGAUUCUUUAUUCUGUUCGUUGCCUUCUUAUCAUGGUGCUAACUGUUCUUACCAUUGUAUUUGCAGUUUGAUCUCAGUUGUUCAGAUUGUCAUCAAUUUUAUGUUCUGUCACUUGAAAACUUUCAGGUCUGAUGAAUUGACCUUCAAGUUAGAAGGACUUGCCUUACAGUAUUUCUGAGUCUUCUCAAGAUGAUGAAGGAAAAUCUGGUAAAAUCUGCAGUUGGAGAGCCAACAGGCCGAAUCACAAGAGCUCGAGCAGCUGCUUAUCGUCAAUCAGGAGAUAUGCAUUCCAAGGAACUGUCAAAGCUGCAAGAUGAGAAGUUGAACUUGAAAAGACCGGCCUUGAAUGGGAGGAACAACGAUGCUCCUCCUAAUCCUUGUAAUCAGCCAAAGAGGAGGGCUGUUCUUGAGGAUGUCACUAAUGUUUUCUGCAAGAAUUCACGAAGGAAGUGCCUUAAUGCAACUAAAAUUCCUAGGAACAGAAAAGAAGGUAGAAAAAGCUCAAUAAUGGAGUCCAAAUUGGUUGCUCCUGUGGCAGUAGAAGCGCAACAGGCUGUGGUUGAUUCAGCAACAAGUAUCAGCCAAGAAAUUGAGCGUACAUCACUUCAAUCUGGCAAAGUUGCCUGUUCACUGAAGUUGGAUAAGCACUCAUUAUGCAGCUCAAAUGAAUUUAUCAGGAAAAAUUGUGGCAAAGAUUGUCAGCUCAUAAAGCAAGAAUGUGGCAAUCUCUUGCGACGCGAAAGCAUUUCAAAGAAAGAUAUUGAAAGACAUUUAUCUGUUACUUUCCUAGACAAUAAAAUGGCGCACAGUUCAGUUUCUCAUCAAUCUGAGAUUUCUUGUUUCAGGACGGGUAUGAGGUUUCUUGGUUUAUCUGGCAGAUAUUGUACAAACACAUUCAACUGGAUAGGCAACAAAGUUAGGAGAUACCACUGUAUUAGUGCUUUUCCACCAGAGGUUGCAGCAAUACCAUAA